AUGGGUGACCCUGAAGAUGAAAUUGUUGAUAUGGAUCUGGACAGUGACACCGACUAUAGUAAAAGUCGGGAAAAUAAAAAUCCUGAAAAGGCGAAAGAUCAUAUUACUUUUUCAAAAUCUAUUCAAAACGAUAUUGGUGUAAUUCAAAAAAGCCCCGAGUUUAGUAAAAAACCUGAACAAAACCCGACAAAAAAUAUCCCUAAAUUGAUCAACGCUGAUCUUUCUGUCUUAAGUAAGUCUCUGUCACAAAAAUCCUCCUUACCACCUAUAACUGUCUCAAGUCAAGCUUGUCAACCUUCCUCUUCAAAUAAAUCUGUAUGUCAAGAAAAUAUUCAAAAUUUAAGGCAAGAGAUCUCAUCUUUACAUCCAAAACUCAUCUCUUUUCGACUUUUGCCUAAACCAAACCCUUUCAAAUAUAAAAUAAAAUCAAAUUUUUCUGUUAAUCAGAAUUCUUUUAAUAACAACAACUCAUCAACAAACUUUAAUGUUUCUCCGACAUCCAUGAUUCAUAAACAAAUUCACUCUUCUCCCGUAUCAGCUGAUCAUUCAAUUAUUGAAAUGAACAAAGUUAUUAAAUCUAGCCCUCAAAGUAAUUGUCAAAUGGAUAUAGAUAAUAAUUCUACAAAGACUACUACAACCAUUCCAUUCGUAUCAAAUAAUUUUGAAGAUGGUGAAAUAAUGGACUCUAAUUAUUCUAUCGCUGGUCCUUCAAAUACAUGUGAAAUUGGUUUGAAUAAUCUUGUUGAAAGGGUCAAUAAAUUGGAUUUAGUUAAUAGGUUAAGCUUUACCAAUUUACCUUCUACUUCAAUAAAUUCCGGUCUUAAUAAAUUAGAUAAGACGGAAAUCGAUCGUACUCCUAUUGUUACUGCUACAUUAUCUAAUCCUAAUUUUAAACCCGUAAUUGAUAAGGAUAAUUUGUUUAUACUUAAUAAUCAUAAUAACUUCAAAUAUGCUGAAAAGUAUAUACAUAAAGAAGUUAAAAUUGAACCUCCCGAUGAGUUGAAUUCUUCUAUUAAUGGAAAAGUCGAUUAUCAUAAGGAUUCUCAAUCUUUGGAUACAAUAGUUCAACCUAUUUCUCCUUAUGUUGAUGAACAAAUUGGUCCUCAAAAUAUUAACACUAAUGAAGUAAGUAAUAACUUCUUCAAUAAUUUAACCGAUCAUUCAACAUCUUUUCAAAGGGUGGGUAAAGUUGAUAAAGGCAAACAAAAAGAAAUUCUUAACAAUGAAGAGUUUACUACUAUUUUGAACGAUAAUUUGAAAAAUCUGGAAAAAGAUUUCAAUUCAAAAAAAGCAAAGGAAAAACAACCUACUCCUCAGGAUGAGUUAAGACAAAUUACAGAUGAAUCGGAAUUAUCUAAAGAUCUUGAUGAUGCUUUAUAUGAAUUUGAUCAAGCUGCUCAAAAAGCAUAUGAUGCGUUUCUUAGUUUGGAAAGGGUUUUACCUCCUGAAACAAUUAUUAAGAUAGACCCUCCUUCGAAUGAUAAAUGGAAAAUUAUAAAAGAAAUUAUGGGAAUGUCUAAAAAAAAAAGAUACAGGUUAAACGGAAUUCAAGUCUCACAAUUGAAUACAAAUAGAAUUCAAAAUUCUCAUUUGAAUUUAAACGGAGUUCAAAAUUCUCAAUUAAAUUUAAACGGAGUUCAAAAUUCUCAAUUAAAUUCAAAUAGUAUUCAUUUGAAUUCGAAUUCAAAUGGAACUCAAAAUUCUCAUUUGAAUUCGAAUUCAAAUGGAAUUCAAAAUUCUCAUUUGAAUUCGAAUUUAAAUGGAAUUCAAAAUUCUCAUUUGAAUUCGAAUUUAAAUGGAAUUCACACCCCUCAAUUAAAUUCAAAUGGAAUUCAUACCCCUCAAUUGAAUUCAAAUAGAAUUCAUACCCCUCAAUUGAAUUCAAAUGGACUUUAUACCCCUCAAUUGAAUUCAAAUGGACUUUAUACCCCUCAAUUGAAUUCAAAUGGAAUUUAUACCCCUCAAUUGAAUUCAAAUGGAAUUUAUACCCCUCAAUUGAAUUCAAGUGGAAUUCAUACCCCUCAAUUGAAUGGAAUUCAUACACCUCAAUUAAAUUCAAAUGGAUUUUAUGGAUUUUAUACCCCGCAAUUAAAUUUAAAUGGACUUCAAGCCCUUCAAGCCCUUCAAUUAAGUUUAAAUGGUGUUCAAAAUUCUCAAUCGAAUAGAUUAGAAUAUAGAGAUUCCAGGAGCACUCCGAUUCAUGCUAAUAAUAAAAAUGCAUGUGUAAAUGAAAGUGUUGUUAACGCGAACUUGAUAGGGGAUGUCCUUCCUGAUGAUGAUUUAAGCUCUGGAUCAAGAAGACAAAGUUCUAGAAAAGUACAUGAUACUCGAAGCCAGAAACCACCUAGCGCAAAUCUACGAAGUAGGGCUCCCUCUUUUGGAGAAAUUAGGCCGGCAGUACAGCCAGAUCUAAAUUCCGUUAAACGAAAAUCUUUAAAGCAAAAUUCGCAAAGUCCUAAAUCAGGUAGAACUACCAGAAGCGCAACAAGGGAAAAAGAAACUCCUUCUCCUUCCUCCAAAAUCAAAUCUCCCAACAUUAGGCCUAUUAGACCUCAUGUUAGAAAGCCAAUUAAAAAUCUUCCUGAUUUCAUUCUGAACUUUGAGGAUAUUACCAAUUUUCAUGGAGCAACAACAGAUGAACAAAAAAACCCCACUACUUCCGCAUUCGGAAUUUAUUGUUUGGAACUUUCCUCAAUUCAUUUUUUCAACAAAGGUGCAAAGACUGGUCCUGAAUUUGUUGCUUACGCUGCUCAAAAUUGGAUUAAAUUAACUGAAGAUCAAAAAGAAAUAUAUGAGAAAAAACGACGUGUUACGGUUCAACAAAAUAAGCAUAGAGAUUCCUUUUCAGUAGAACAACAAAUACCUUCUUUUUUUUUCAGAGAUCCGCAAAUUGAAUCAUCAAGAUCAUCAUCAAGAAGAUAA